UCUCUAUCGAUCGAUAUCAUUGUAAGAGCUUCUUCACUUCAAUAAACAUAGUACGUAGAAAUGGCCUUCUUCACUUGCGAGAAGCUCGCUUUCAUAUUUGGCUUAUUGGGCAAUAUAAUAUCAUUUUUGGUAUUCUUGGCGCCGCUGCCAACAUUUUACACAAUUUGCAAGAAGAAAUCGUCGGAAGGAUUCCAGUCGAUACCUUAUUCGGUUGCAUUUUUCAGUGCUUCUUUACUACUUUAUUAUGCUGUCCUUAAGACAAAUGCUUAUAUGAUUGUUAGCAUCAAUGCUAUAGGAUGUGUCAUCGAAGUCAUUUACCUCGCGAUUUAUCUAAUAUAUGCGCCCAAGAACGACAAGAUUUUCACAAUAAGGUUGAUUCUCAUAUUCAAUAUUGGAGGUUUAGGGUUGGUUGCGGCAGUUUCAUUACUAGCAGUUGAAGGUCCGAAAAGGGUGUCCUUAGUUGGAUGGAUUUGUGCCAUUAUCAACUUAGCUGUAUUUGCUGCUCCUUUAAGCAUCAUGAGACGGGUGAUAAGGACGAAAAGCGUAGAGUUCAUGCCAUUCACUCUAUCAUUCUUCCUCACCCUCUGUGCCACUAUGUGGUUUUUCUAUGGAUUCUUUGUCAAGGAUUUCUACAUAGCACUGCCAAAUGUCCUGGGAUUUUUAUUCGGAAUUGCUCAAAUGAUUCUGUACUUCAUCUACAAGAAUGCAAACAAAUUAGAUGGCAAGGCGAAGGACUUUGAGCUUGGGCCGAAUAAGGAUAUCGAAAAGAAUGUCGACAUGAACGAGGCUUCGGACCCUCAAAGCGCGCGCGCGUCCAAGUGAAUCAUUUGUGGGAAUAGCCAUAAUGUAUUAUAGAGGAAGCAAUAUAUAAUAUUAUUGAUUAGAGCUGGUAUUUACAUUCUCUAAUUUGCUGCUUGUGUUGAGAAUGAAAUAAAUUCCACACCUAUGGUGAAGAAAUAUUGAUUAUAAAAGUUUUUAUAUAAGGGUAUUUUUUUUUUUCCCCCUUCUUUUAUAUCCUUUUGUUUCAUGUUUGUGUGCACGCAAACCCGGAUCAGAUGAUUAAUAAUAGUAAAGGUCAU